UCCUCUCUCUCUCUCUCCCUCUCUCUGUGUCUCUCUCCUACUCUGAGACAGAGUCAGAACUCUUCUCCCUGACAGCCACAAACAUCUACAGCACUUAUUGCAUUCAGAGAGGGAACCUGCAAACAAAACUUCACAGAAAACUUUUGGUUCUUGUUCCAGAGAAUUUGCUGAAGAGAAGGAAAAACAAACAAACAAACAAACAACCCAAACCAGCCCCAAAAAAACUGUGCGUGAAGGGGGAGGAAAAGCAGGGCCUUUUAAAAAGGGAAUCACAACAACUUUUGCUGCCAGGAUGCCUUUGCUUUGGAAGAGAGGAUUUUUGUUGGUGCUUUGCUGGAUUAUAGUGAGGAGUUCCCCAACCCCAGGAUCCGAGGGGCACAGUUCAGUCACUGACUGUCCAUCAUGUGCCCUCGCCACGCUCUCAAAGGAUGUGCCCAGCUCACAGCCUGAGAUGGUGGAAGCAGUAAAGAAGCACAUACUGAACAUGUUGCACUUGAGGGACAGACCUAAUAUCACCCAGCCGGUGCCCAAGGCAGCACUUUUAAAUGCCAUCAAAAAACUCCAUGUGGGAAAGGUGGGAGAGGAUGGUUAUGUGGAAAUAGAGGAUGAUGUUGGAAGAAGAGCUGAAAUGAAUGAAGUUGUGGAGCAAACCUCAGAAAUCAUCACUUUUGCGGAAUCAGGCUCAGCCAAGAAAAUGUUGCACUUUGAGAUUUCCAAGGAAGGCAGUGAAUUAUCGGUGGUGGAACACGCUGAAGUGUGGCUCUUCCUGAAGGUCUCCAAGGCCAACCGGAGCAGGACAAAAGUCACCAUCCGCCUGUUUCAACAGCAGCGGCAGCCAAAAGGCAACCCUGAAGAAGCAGAAGAUAUGGAGGAUGUGGGGCUGAAAGGUGAAAAGAGUGAGACUUUGAUUUCGGAGAAGGCAGUGGACACCCGUAAGAGCACUUGGCACAUUUUUCCUGUCUCCAGCAGCGUCCAGAGACUCCUGGACCAAGGCAAGAGCUCUUUGGAUGUGCGGAUUGCCUGUGACCUAUGCCAAGAGACUGGAGCCAGCCUGGUGCUAUUGGGCAAGAAGAAGAAAAAGGAAGAUGAUGGGGAAGGGAAAGAAAAGGAAGCUGGAGAAUUCACAGGAGAAGAGGAGAAGGAGCAAUCACAUCGGCCCUUCCUGAUGAUGCUUGCCCGGCACUCCGAGGACCGCCAGCACAGGAGGCGGAGACGAGGCCUGGAGUGUGAUGGCAAAGUCAACAUCUGCUGCAAGAAGCAGUUCUUUGUCAGCUUCAAAGACAUAGGAUGGAGUGACUGGAUCAUUGCACCUACAGGUUAUCACGCCAACUACUGUGAAGGAGAGUGCCCCAGCCAUAUAGCAGGCACAUCUGGUUCAUCGUUAUCUUUCCACUCCACUGUCAUCAACCAUUACCGCAUGCGGGGCCACAGCCCCUUUGCCAACCUCAAGUCAUGUUGUGUGCCCACCAAGCUGCGGCCCAUGUCCAUGCUCUACUACGAUGAUGGUCAGAACAUCAUUAAGAAAGACAUACAGAAUAUGAUCGUGGAGGAGUGUGGAUGUUCAUAGACACACAUGUGUGCAAGACCCUUCUCAUUAAGCUGAGAAGAAAAUGUAUCAAAAGCCCAAGAAGAGGAAAGACAUGGUAAAAUCUUUUUUGAAUGAAACUAAAAUCGGAAAUAAAAGCAAAAACAGAGUGAGAAAAGAAAAAAAAAAAAAGACUUGUGGAGGAUCGGAAGAGACUGCAGCUAUAAAAAGGAAGAAAGCUUCAUGAACCUGGGCUUGAAUGAGAUAGCGUUGGAAUGGCGGUAUGGGUUGGGGGUUUCCCCUUCCUUUCAGUAUGCUCCUUAUCUUAUUACAUAGUAUACUAAACAUUAGUUAUUACUAAGGGAGUUCUGUUCCCUCCCUUAGCUACCCAUCAGUUCAAGCCAUGGUAGCAGCUCAUCUAACCUGCAGCAAUUUGGACUAAGUCCAAUUAAAUUCCUUGAAAAGCCAUGUGUAUGAACAGUACAUUCACUGGCACUUUCCCCCCAAAUUUACCGAGGAACUGAGUAGGUGUGUAGUGUUUGUGUGUAUAUACAUAUGGCUAUAUAUGUAUAUACAUAUCUCUAUACAUACAGACACUAUACACAUGCAUAUACUUAACAUUGGUAAAGGGACAAUAUUGUGCAGGUGUACACACCUUCAUCUUCUGCACUACAUUUAUAAAAAACUAAAAAAAAAGAAAAAAGGAAAAAAAGAAAAAUGGAAGAAAAAACAGAAUAAUAAAAAAAAAAGAACGAAUGAAAGAAUAAAAGUUACAUUUUGUAAAGGUGCUUACAACAUUAGAACUAUGCAACCUAGUUGGUUUGAAACUGUUUACCUGCGAGAGAAAGAAAAACAAAAAAACAAAAAAAAAAAACCAACAAAAAAAAAAAAAAAAAAAAAAAAAAAACAAAACCAGAGAGACUUUUUUUUUUAAUGGAAGUAACUUGUUUUAAAAAAAAAAAUUCUUCAGUGAGAGAUACUUGAAAGGAACAUGUUUGUCCAGUUACUGGAGCCAAACAUUUCUAUAUUUUGUAAAAAAAGAAAUUUUUAAUCGUUUACUAUUUGCACUACAACGGUGUCUGACCUGUCUAAUCCUUAUUUAACAAAUAUUUGCAAGGGAGGGUGGUUGGGUAUGGGAGGGGUUGAGAGCUGCACUUAUUGUGAGCUAUACAAGAACUGCUACAGCACACAAAAUAGCUAUUUUUAUUAUUAUAAUAAUUAUUAUUAUUUUGUACCUUAAAAUGAAUAGACACAUACACCAAAGACAUUUGUGCAAGCCUCUAAAAAGUCUCUUUGUGGUUGGUACCAUUCACCCGUAACAAGUUAGGGUUCGAAUUAAGGGUCAGUGGGUUGAUUACAUUCAGGCUAGAAUAUCUGUUAACCAUUUAAAUUCAAAUAGUGCCCUCAACAGAAAAUUGCCAUUUGAAGUAAGCCCAGAAAAGCCCUGGGAUUUGGAUCCAAGGUGCUUGGAUCCGAGGCCCACCUAAGCAUUAUUGUGCUCUUUUGCAUGUACAACACUAAGACUUGUCCCUGGUGCACAGCAACUGUGCAUUGCUGGGAAACAACUUUAUACAAGGGAUAUACAUAUAUAUAUGUAUAUAUUUCUGUAUGUAUAUAUGUAUGUAUACACAAAGUAUAAGCACUUCUGGCUUCACUUUAAUGUUCUUAAAACAAUGAAUGUUUGUGUGCAAAGCACAGUAUGUUAGAAGAUUGUUUGUUACUACCAAAUGGGAGGCUACGUGUUCAAAAUGGCAUUCGUGUGAGAGAAACCUCAAGUGCUGGUGUACACUUAGAAAGUCUUGAUGUGAAAUUGCAAGCAGCUUUGGGCCCUGCCCACCAUCGCCCCUGCAAAUAUACAAAGAAUGGCAGUUGUGGUAGGAUUGCUGUUUGAAAUGCAGUCUUCUGUGAAAGACUGGCUGGCUCAACCACCACCCUCUAACAUGGCAACUCUUAAUGGGUUUGUGCGUUGCCUGUAAGACCUAAUUUUCAGUGUCAACACCUAACCUGAAGGGUCCAACCCAUAGGGCAUAGGUAGGUAGGUUUUUUGUUAAAAAAAA